AGUGCGGCAGGGCAAGUGUCUGCCUCGCGAUCAUAGAAUGUCUUUGCAGCAAAAUAAACUGUGCUGCUUGAUCGUGCGAGAGUUAUUUGGUGAGGUUGCCGAAUCAGUUACUCAUCUACUUUUGCGUGGUGCCGCUCCCCUCAACCGAGUAUGUCCUCCAGGUGUGAUGAAGCAGAAGGCGAAACGUGCAUUAGCUGCGUUAAUGCAUCAUGGCCUAGUAAACUUCGUGUCACAAGGAUCUCUCGUGCUGUAUUCGAUCGACGCUCUCGCAGUCCAACGUAUUCUACGUUAUCCGCGAUAUCUACAGCAAAUGAAAGACAAUUUUUCGGAUAUCUGCGAGUCCAUUAUCCAGGAACUGAUGAACCACGGUCGUCUACCCCUGUCCGCAAUAUUGUUCACUGUUGGUUGCAGAGUAUUUGCGCUCGAUCCAUCGAAGCUGGCCGUCCCAGAAAUCGAGAAGCACUUCAAACUUUUACGAAAAGAAGGUUUCAUAGAGCAAUGUCCAAGAGUUACAGAUUCGGAAAGCUACUUGAAAAAUAAUGAAGAGCUAGUUCCAAGCUUCGUAUCGAAGGUAGUCAUUGAAGUGGACGUGAAAGCGGAAGCAAUUCAUGAGAGAAUAGUAUCAAGUGCCGCAGACGAGGGUGAUCAUCCAGACAAGAACAUACUGUGGCGUAUAAGCGGAAGUCGGUUCGACGCGCAAAUCAGGGACUCAAUAGUGAUCGAAGCUGCCGUGAGAAAAACGGAUGAGUUGGGAGGCGCGUUGGUGAAGAAAAUGCUGUCGGAUUCAUCAUCACGCCUUCACCAAGACCCGAUUGUUGGCGAUAUUUCUUUCUUCGUCCUGAAGAGUGAUAUUUUGAAAUUAUGCCUUAAUUCGUUGGCUGAGAAGCUUAGGGAUUACCUCGAAGUUUUGCAGAGUGGUACGUUGAAAAUUGUGCGCAAGAUCGGGGAUUCCGGAGGUGGCCAAUACGCAAUCGCGCUGAAAGACACUGUGGACGUACUGACUGCCUACGCCGUGCGGUCCAUUGUGCAAGAGAGACACGGCACUAAAGCAGCGCGAGUUUUCGCCUUGAUGCUGGACAACGCCUUCGUGGACCAAGAGCAAAUUCAGCAAACCGCGUUGAUUCCCGCCAAGGAAGCCAAAGUGCUCACUUACAUACUGUCGGAGAAUCACUUCGCGUCCGUUCGCGAAAUGCGGAAGUCGGUCGGAGCCGGCGCGGGAGCGAUGAAAAGCGUUUACCUGUUUCACGUGGACUUGCCCCACGUGGUUCGUGGCCUCGUGGAGCGAUGCGAGAAGUCCCUGGGCAAUGUGUUGUGCCGGAAGGAAGCGGAAGUGAUGGACAGUGAGCGGCUGAUGGACAAGAAGCGGCGAGUCGACGCUUUGCUCAAGACACUCGUGGAGCAAGGAGCCAGUCAGGAAGAGCUGAAGGAAGUGGACGCCAUGAUCACGCCACCGGAAAGAGACCUCGUCACCAAAGUCAACUACGUCCUGGACAAGCUUUCGUCUGCAGAGCUUGAAAUCGACUCGACCCUGUUACUUUUCCAGGUCUAUCUGGAAUUUGAUGAGAUGGCGAAAAGGAAGCGCUCUUCGACUCGCGGACGAGGGCGAAGCAAACGGGCCAAAGCUUCAUGA